GCCAGCCGCUGCUGCACAGCCGGAAGCGGAGAGAGCAGUGGCGGAGGUUCGAACCGGGGCACAGCGGCCCGGACUCGGCACUUUCAGGUUUCCAGGCCAAAGAGAUUUCAGACGCUACAGUCAUGCAGAGCACAUCCAAUUACCUGUGGCUCAUCUCUGACAUCCUUGGACAAGGAGCCACUGCCAAUGUCUAUCGUGGACGGCACAAGAAAACGGGUGACCUGUAUGCUGUCAAAGUAUUCAACAACAUCAGCUUCCUGCGUCCGGUUGAAGUACAGAUGCGGGAGUUUGAGGUCCUCCGGAAAUUGAACCAUAAAAAUAUUGUAAAACUCUUCGCAGUAGAAGAGGAGAUCUCCAGCAGAAAUAAAGUACUUGUCAUGGAAUUUUGUUCUUGUGGAAGCUUGUACACUGUGCUGGAGGAAGCAGACAAUGCAUUUGGCCUACCUGAAUCUGAGUUCCUGAUCGUGUUGCGAGAUGUGGUGGCAGGCAUGAACCACCUGCGAGAGAAUGGGAUUGUCCACAGGGACAUCAAGCCUGGAAAUAUCAUGCGUGUAAUUGGAGAGGAUGGACAGUCAGUUUACAAGCUCACUGACUUUGGAGCAGCCAGAGAAUUGGAGGAUGAUGAGCAGUUUGUUUCACUUUAUGGAACCGAGGAGUAUUUACAUCCAGAUAUGUAUGAACGAGCAGUGUUAAGAAAACCUCAACAGAAAAUGUAUGGAGCGACUGUCGAUCUAUGGAGCAUUGGAGUUACAUUUUACCAUGCAGCUACUGGCAGUCUCCCAUUUAGACCUUUUGAGGGACCCCGCAGGAACAAGGAAGUAAUGUACAAAAUAAUCACAGAAAAACCCCCAGGAACAAUAUGCGGGGUUCAGAAAUCAGAAAACGGGCCUAUUGUUUGGCAUCGUGAGUUACCAGUGUCUUGCAGUCUUUCCAAAGGCCUGCAGUCCCUGUUGACUCCUAUUCUGGCAAACAUUCUUGAAGCUGAUCAGGAGAAGUGCUGGGGUUUUGAUCAGUUUUUUGCAGAAACCAGUGAUGUUUUGCACAGGAUAGUGAUACACAUUUUCUCUCUGCAGCAAGUGACAUUGCACAAAAUUUACAUUCACAGCUACAACACCGCUCACCUAUUUGCUGACUUGGUCUAUAAACAGACAGAUAUUGCACCCCAUUUGCAAGAAUUGAUCUUUGAGGGCCAGCACCUUGAGCUUGAACCCAAUAUACAAGCUCACAAUUUUCCCAAAACCUCUGAAGAUAACCCUCUGAUACUUGUGAACAGAGAGGUCGUGAGUGCAGUAGGAUUAAUCUACCAGGAACUCUCAAUUCCAACGUUACAUCCUCGUUACGAUUUGGAUCUUGAUGUGUCCAACGCAAAGAAUAUGAUUGGUAUUGUCUACCAAACACAGAAAAUAGCCUCCAGACUUUUGCAUUAUCAGGAGCUGGUGCGGAAAGGUGUUCGGUGGAUAAUUCGAAUCAUCAUGGACAAUUUUCGUGAAACUUUACACAAGAAGACUGAAGUGAUUCUGAAACUAAACUUCUGCAUGGCCACUGUUGAAAGAGCCAGAAAUCUAUACAGCAGUUUGCUGCAGACAAACAUACUGCCAUCAGAACUAGAAGAGAUACCAGAAAUUCACAACAAGCUUUUACGUUUGGCAGGUUCUAUCGAAUCUAUAAACGAUGAUAUGAAGGAUAUUGAAGGCACGUUUUUACCUGGCAGUCAGUUGUCGGAUCAUUGGGCCUAUCAUGAAGGGACACAUCCUGAAGACAGAAAUAUUGAAAAGCUUCAGGUACUUCUGGACUUGAUAACUGAAAUCCAUCAUCAGUUCAAAAAGGAUAAAGCAUUGCACAAGCUGCCUUAUAACGAGGAGCAGAUUCACAAAUUUGAUAAACAGAAGAUGUGGCUGUAUGCUUCAAAAGCCGUGUCCUUGUUCAGGGAUGAAUGUGUUGCAAAGUAUCAGUCUUUUCUAGAUGUGGCAGAUGACUGGAUGAAGAAGAUGCACUUCCUGAGAAAGCAGGUGUUGAGUGUUGCAAAUCGGUUUGGUAGCAUCGAGCAGGAGGUAUUCACGUACCAGGAACACGUCAAAAAGCUGCAGGAGCUGCUGCCUCAGAAAGCGCUCACAGCAACAUGCGGUGACUGGAAACCUCCUGGAACCCUUGGAUACCCAAGUCAGAAUACCUUGAUGGAAAUGACCAUUGGAAUGAAGAAACUGAAGGAAGAGAUGGCGGGAGUUGUUAAGGAGCUUGCUGAGAAUAAUCACAUCUUGGAAAGGUUUGGAGCUUUGACUGUGGAUGGAGGAAUUCAGAACACCAAUCGGCUGUAAACUGGAAUGCACAGGCUGUGUUGUUCAACAGAGACUACAGUCUCUUCCAGUCAUCAUCCUAGCGUACCCUGCUGUAAAUCAUCUUGUGUGUGAAGACUGUGAAAGUUGACACUCAAAUGUACAUCGAAGGGAAAAAGAAGGAAACCUCGGUUGUUUAUUUUCCCCCUCUUGUUAUUACCUCGGUGUAAUUAAUUUGUUCCAAUCCAUGCUGUCCACAGCAAAAUAGUAGCAAAAUCCUUGAACAGUGUAGGAAGAAUGGUCAAUAAAAUAAAUUUAAGACCCAUCCUCCACUUCCAAAGAUUGGGCAGGGGUGGGGUGACUGUCAUGGGGUUGUGGAGUUGGAGAAGGUGACAAAGGGUGCUUCACAGGUGUCCACAUACACCCUCUGCUCCUGUACCAAAUACCUGCUGAGUGCUACUUGUCUUAAAGUUGCCCUUCUAUUUGCAAAGCUGUUUAAUGAGGCUGUGGCCUUGACAUGUGCUUUCUGAACUUUAAUCCUUUGAUUAUUACAUUUGUGGAGAUGGGGGAAGGAAUUCAGACUUGGGCGACAUUCUGCAUAUUUCCACAGAUGGUAGCUUCAGAUGAGACCAAUGGUGAAAGUGAUGAAUGCAGUUGUUGACAUUGAUUACUCUAUAAGCAUGGAACCCAAAUGAUUUUUUGAACGGCUGAUUGUGCCUUUGUUAAGAAUGUGAAUACAGCCCCUCUUACUUGUAUAUAUAUGUAUAUAAUUGUAUGCAUAACUUAACACUUACACCUUCUAUUGAAUAGAACAUACAGUGCCGAUGGAAGCUGAGCUUGUUUUAAAAGAAGUUGGAAAUCUAUAGAUAUUAGCGAUUUUGUUAUUUUACCUAUUUGUUCAUGUGAUGUGAGCACGACUGACGAGGCCUGCAGGUAUUGCUCAUCCUCAGCUACUGUUAAGAAGAUAGUGACGAGCUCCUUGAAUCGCUGCAGUUUAUGUGGGGCGCCCUUAUGGUGGGAUUGCAGGAAUUUCAAUCAGCACCAGAUGAGGAAUGACCAUAUAAAGACAGAAAUUGCUGGAGAAACUCAGCAGGUCUGGCAGCUCCUGUGGAGAGAAAGCAGAGUUAACAUUGUGACCCUUCUUCAGAACCCUGGAAUGGCUAUCUAUAUCUAUGUAUAAUUUCCAAAUCGAUGUUGUGAGUUAGGAGCUGAUGUUGAAGGAGCCUUGAGUUGCUGCAGUGCAUCUUGCAGGUGGAAGAUGAUGCAUAUUGCUACACCUAUGAACUGGUGGUGUUUGAGGAGGUGGAUGUGGUGCCAAUCAAGCAGUUGCUUUGUCCUGGAUCAUUUUUAGCCUCUUGGGUGUUAUUGGAGCUGUGCUCAUUAAGGCAAGCACAGAGUAUUCCAUCAUUCUUGUGACUUGUGCGUUAUAGAUGGAGGUCAAGCUUUGGGUGGUAAGCGGGUAAGUAACUUUCUGCAGAAUUCCCAUCCUCUGCCCUGCAUUUCUGGUCACAGUAUUUAUAUGGCUGGUCUAUUUAAGUUUCUCAUCAUUGGUGACCCACUGGGAUGUUUUUGUCAUGUAUCUUGUAACUGCAUAAACUAAUACACUUACUGUUUUAAAAUAUGGCCUAGUUUCUUCUGUAUAAUGAAGUUGCACUCCUAGUGCAGUGAUAUUAAGACAGAGUUUCUAUCAUCUCUGUAAAUUACGUAAAGAUAUAUAUAUUUUCAAACUCUUACAAUCAGUAAUACAUUUGAAUUUGUUUGUGGGACAAACUGCUGCCUGGAUAAAUUGACCAAAGGUAUUCUAAUGCUGACUGGACUAAAUAUUGUAGCAAAUAAAUAUUUUUGAUUUGGA